GCUCAUUCGGAAAUCUGUGAGUUGUGUGAGCAGCAGCAGCAGCAAAGCAGCACAGGACAGCGCUGAAUUGAAAAGGAAGUCACAACACUGAAGAGAAAGGAGCAACCACAGCAAUGGGAGGUUCCUCAAGCAAACCUGCAGAAGAGCCCGUCAGAGUGCCAACUGUGAACUGGGUUGACAUUUUGGUGAGAGAAUACCUACGUCGCCAGAUACGUGAAACAACAUCACAGGGUCCUCGUAUGCUGAACGAACCAUGGAGGAAGAUUGAUUGGACAGCUGAGGAAAGAAGAAGAUUGAUAGACGAGAUCUCAGCAUUUAAGCCUCUUUUGGAUUCAGUGCAAAAGGCCCGGGUUCUCUUACUUGGUCAAAUUGGUGCUGGGAAGUCCAGCUUUUUCAACUCUGUGAAUUCCGUUUACCGUGGCCAUGUGCGGAACCAAGCCUGGGUAGGAGUCGGUGAAACAAGUAUAACAUUGAAGUACAGGACCUAUCCUGUUAUAACUGGGAGUGACAAGAAGAUGUUACCUAUCACUUUCUGUGACACCAUGGGGCUAGAAGAAAAAGAAGGAGCCGGCCUGAAAGUUGAUGAUGUGAUCAACAUAUUAAAAGGACAUGUUCCUGAUCGGUAUCAGUUUAAUCCACAUGCUGCUAUACAAUCAGGUACACCCGGCUACAUCGAGUCUCCCUCUCUGAAGGACAAGAUUCACUGUAUGGUGUUUGUUAUUGAUGGGUCCAAGAUUGAAAUCCUGCCUCCGAAGAUGGAAUCAAAACUAAAAGAGCUUCGCCAAAAAGCUAGAGAGUUGGAUGUGCCACAAAUUAUAUUACUUACCAAAGUGGAUGAAAUUUGCUCUUCUGUGAAACAAAAUGUUUCAAAUGUAUACAGAAGUCAAGCUGUUCAUGAACAGAUGCAGAUAGCCUCAGUAAAAUUCGGCAUCCCUCUGAGUCUGAUAGUUCCCAUCAAAAAUUACUGUUUCGAGACUGAACUUGAGAACAAUGUUGAUAUCCUCAUCCUUAUGGCCGUGAGGCAGAUCAUGCGAUCGGCUGACUGCUACCUUGAUAAUUUCCUUUCAGAGGAAGGUCUCACAACGGAUUAAUAUUUGGAGCACAGAUAUGUUUACUGAAGCCAAUUAGAUUUCUGAGGGGUUUUUUCUACAUUUUUUAAAGAUAUCCUAUCAAAUGCAUUCUAGUUAUGAAUGAUAAAAUAUUUAAAUGUGAAAAGCUGAAAUGCCAGCUUUAAUGUUCAAAUAGCCCACCUGUUCUGUAUUUUGGAGUUCAAACAACAUUGUCACAUGGUGAUUCACAAUUUUCUCAAAAGAUUCUUGUUCUCUGUGGAUUGAGUUGAUUAUUUUAUAGUGCAGUGGUUCCUAACCUUGGGUGACCCAGGUGUUCUUGGACUGCAGUUCCCAGAAGCCUUCACCACCAGUUGAGUUAGUUGCAGUUUUUGAAAACUGCAGUCCAGGGUUACCCAAGGCUGGGAACCAUUGUUGUGAAUGUGCUAAACGUAUUCAUUCCUGGUGGAAUUCCUUUUUGUUCCAGGAAGAAAGUUGCCAAAUUGCUCUUGAACUGUUACACUAGCUUAACAAAAGUGCAUACAUCAUGCUGGCAAAUUCCUACAAGCAUUCUGAGACAUUCAGUAACAAAAAUAUAUGAGAACUUCUUAAUUUAUGGCAGCACACUGCUGAGAUUUAAGCCACUUGUGUCAUGCUGGUGAGAUCUUAGCCUUUGUGUUUUCAUAUUAAGGCCCUAGAAGUGUCCAAACAGAUAAUUAUCCUUGCUGACACUUUGUAUAAUAUCGUUAGUGCCUCUCGCAGUUGUUCGUAACAUAGUUGUAAACACACAGUUUCAAAUAAGUUAUCUUUCUGGACUCUUAACUCCCAGAAUUCCUCUGGUAACAUGGUGACUGGCUAUGAUGGAAGGGGCAUUCUGGGAAUUGUAGAUCAAACAAGUAGAUGUUUCCAGCUAAUAGAUAAAGUCAAUCUAUUCCCAUUCAUUGUUUCUGAAAUGCAACCCUCAGUUCAGUUACAAAGCAGAGGCUAGCUCAGCCUCCCUCUUAUGGCUUUGUUCAUCUUAGUAAUAAUGAAUUUGGAGAGAUGCCUGCUUUUAUGUUAGA